AAUGGCCACUACUUUUGCAAAAUGGAUAAUCCUCACUAUCCUAUCAGCAAGCAUGAGGCCCAAGAUUCUAAUCCACGCCCAACAAGUUCCUUGCUUCUUCAUUUUUGGAGACUCGCAGUUCGACAAUGGCAACAACAAUGCCCUCCCCACAUUUGCCAAAGCAAAUUAUCUGCCCUAUGGUAUUGAUUAUCCCGCUUCCCUUCCCACCGGAAGGUUCACCAAUGGCAAAAAUAUACCUGAUUUUCUAGCUCAGUUAUUAGGCUUUCCCAAUUCAAUCCCGCCCUUUGUGAGCAGAGGAAGCUCCGACGUUCUCAAAGGGCUGAAUUACGCAUCCGGAGCAGCCGGAAUCCUUGAUUCCUCCGGGAUACUAUUGGGUGACCGAUUCAGCAUGAACAGGCAGUUAGCAAAUCACGCAGCAGCAAUCGGUCAAAUCGCCGCCUUACUCGGGAAUCCGACGGCGGCCGACAGUUACCUGCGUCGGUGCCUGUACGUCGUCAACAUGGGCAGCAACGACUAUAUUAACAACUAUUAUCAGAAGCCACUACCAUCCUUGUUUAGUCUCUUAACACCCGAUGCAUUUGCCAACCUAUUGAUCGAAACCUUCUCUCGACAACUAAGGACACUGUACAGCUCCGGCGCAAGAAAAGUAGCGGUUUUCGGCAUCGGUUUGAUCGGCUGCAUUCCUCAGGAGCUCUCUCUUUAUCCAAUCACCAAUGGAUCGCCAUGCGUCGACGCCAUCAACAUCGCUGUGGGACUAUUCAACAACAAGCUCGUCUCACUGAUCAACGACCUAAACACCAUUUUACCCAACGCCCAAUUCACUUACAUAAACAGCACCAACAUUGCACUCGGAGACCCUUCCCUCACCGGUAUCAAGGUGUCGAACGCUGCGUGCUGUGAGGUGCAGACGGAGGGGGCGCCGGCGCCGGGGCAGUGCGUGCCGAAUGGAUCGGUGUGCGGCGACAGAGAUGAGUAUAUAUUCUUCGAUAACUAUCACCCGACGCAGGUUUCGUAUAACGUCACGGCUUCCAGAUCUUACAAAACCCUGCUGCCCGCCGAUGCAUUUCCGGUUGGCAUUCAACGUCUUGUUCAGCAGUGAGAAGCUGCUGCUGCUGCUGUCCGAUGCAAUAAAGCUCGAUUUUUCUUCUAUGUAAAUUUAUAAAAAAAUAAAUAAAUUAGUUACGUACAUGUACGUAUAGAAUAAAUUAACAGUUUCAGGUUGUCGUGAUUAGCAUGAAGAACUGAUUAAUAUUAUGUUGCUGUUAUCGAGUGUAAGUUGAAAUUAACUAAUAAAUAUUGAACUCGAUCUCUGAAA